AUGCCUCCCCCUCCCCCCUCCCUCUUCGCCCACGUCCUCCGCGGCGCAGGCUCCUUCGUCCGCACCCUCCCCGGCUGCCACGCCCCCACCGCCCCCGAUGCCCCCCAGCCGCCCAAGCCCUCGCCCGCGAACCCCGAGCGCCACAGACAGCCCGCUGCGCACCCACAGCCGGACCUCUUCCAGCUCUGGCUCGCGUCCCGGCGGGCUCCCAACGAGCCGCUCUCGCCCGGCGCCCACCGUUCUUUCUCUUCUCAGAACAUUACCUUAGCAUCUACCCUAGUCCGCACCUGCUCCGCCGAGAUCCUGUCCCAGCUGUGGAACAUGCACCCUUACCGGAUAUCCCUCAUGAUUUCUCUAGACUUCCUCCGCGGAAUCCUCCCCGCCUACCGAGGCUAUUCUCAAGCCCUCAUGCUCCAAAAACUUAUCCUAUCAGGCGAAUUCACCCUCGCUCCUAUAAUUUACCAGGUUUCUUCCGAACUAAUCCGCAUGGCCGGGGACAGCGCGCUCGACUUCUUUGCCACAUCUAACGAGAACAUCGUGCAUGACGCUGCGCGGUUCUUGGUCGAACGCCGGCAGAUGGAGCAGCGGCUGCGGCUCGACAUCCCGACGCUCGCCGACCCCCACGUCCGCGACCUGCUCCAGGAGUCCGACAUGUUCGUCCGCUCUUUCAACGGCCUCUCCGCCUUUGGCCUCUUCUCUCCCUUCGACUUCCUCCGCCUUCUCACACUCAUUUCGGAGCUCUCCACCCACCUCUGGGUCCUCUGCUCGCUCACUUUCGGAGGCCGCACCCCUUACCACGUCAUCAUGCUCUCGCUUGCGCUUUCUGCGCUCCCCACCAUUCUCUCCUGGUUUAGCGGUCAGAGCCGUUACUGGGACUGUCCCGUGUCCCAGCGGGAAGUAAAGCUCGCCGCCAAACAGGAGGCGAUGCGGCGCCUGGCCCACAGCGACUCGUACCGGCCUGAGGUCCUGCUCUUCGACCUGGGCCCCUGGAUUCUCGACGCCUGGUCACGUUCCCGCAGGACGCUCAUGAAUCUCGAGCGUCGCAAGACAGGCACCCACGGAGACUGGUCUUCCCGCAUCGCGUCCCAAUUUUACUUGUCAGGUAUGCUCUCGGCCAUUAACAAUGUGCCGCUACUAUUAGUGCUCCAUUCGACUUCAACUUCCAUCGGUUCCUUCACGUUGUAUCGCUCGACGCUCCAGUCCCUCUUCGUCGCCACGGAGGCCCUUCUCUACACCCUUCGCAUGGCCUUUCAAGGCAUCUUCCUCAUGGGCGCGUUUUGUGCGGCCUCGACGCUCAAACCCCGUCUACAACCCGAGGCCAAGAUGCACCUGCCUUAUCACCCCUCCGGCCGGGGCAUGUCGAUAGACGUCAGAAACCUGUCGUACACCUACCCGGGGUGCCCGCAACCCGCGCUGCGAAACGUGAGCCUCUCCAUCGCCGCCGGCGAGACCGUCGCCAUCGCAAAACCACGCUCGCCCACGUCCUCCUCCGCCUCUUCGACUUCGACGACCCCCCGCGCCCGCCGCCCCGCCGCGCCCCCGCCGCUGCGCCUGAACGGCCGCGACGCGCGCCGGCUCGCGCCCGCGGACGUGCACGCGCGCGCGUCCGCCGUCUUCCAGGGCUUCGCGCGCUUCCCCGGCGCGUCCGUGCGCGCGAACGUCGGCGUCGGCUUCGUGCCCGCGAUGCGCGCGCCCGGCGCCGUCGACGCCGCGCUCGCGCUCGCCGGCGCGCGCGAGCUCGUCGCCCGCCUCCCCGCGGGCACGAAGACGCGCCUCGAGGGCGACGGCGGGCUCGGCGCGUGCGCGGGCGCGGACGCGUUCGGUUGCGGCGGGGGCGUCCAUGGGCUUUCGGGUGGAGAGUGGCAGCGCAUCGCGAUCUCGCGCGCGUUCAUGCGCGCCCGGAGGCCCGAGGUCGAGCUCCUCGUGUUCGACGAGCCCACGUCCUCGCUCGACGCGCACGCGCAGAAGCACGUCUUCGACGCGAUCGACGCGAUCGCGCGCGGGCCCGACGGCGCGCGCACCAAGACCGUCGUCUUCAUCACGCACCGGCUCGCCACCGCCCGCCGGGCGGACAAGAUCGCGAUGAUGGAAGGCGGGACGAUCAUCGAGUACGGCACGCACGAAGAGCUCCUCGCGCGCGACGGGCGGUACGCUGAGCUCUACAGGGCCGCGGUCUAG